AUUAGGUAGGAAAGCAAUUGGUGAGAACACAUAGGUGACGUCUCACCAGAAUCACCACUCAUUCCUUUAACUAUACCCUUUUGGGUUCACCUAAUUUGUGUUUGUAUUUAAAGACUACCAGCUGUUCAUUACUUCUACUGUACACUUGGUUGGGCUCACCCAUUACUUUCGUACAAAAGGGGAUUUCUUAACACGUUCAAUUGGGGUUCUGAAAAAAACACUCAUGAUUUUAGCCCAUCUACUUUCUUCAUACAUCAGAAGUAUAAUUAAAAAGUUGAAAAACUCAGCUAAAAGUGGCGUCGCCCGGACUCGAACCGGAGACCUUCAGUGUGUUAGACUGACGUGAUAACCAACUACACCACGACACCAUUUGAUUUUGACUGCUUCUGUAAAUAAUAAUAACACUAUGACCAUGAUAUCUUUUCAAAUGGUUACGUCAUGCAUGUCUCAAAGCUCAUAGAAAAUUCAUGUAAAACCACAUGCUUCACAUUGCACACCAACCCAUUAUAUUCUUGUUAUAUAUCAUAUAACUUUAUAAUGUAAUGAAGGGAGUCCACUUAACUAAACUUAAAAGGGGGAAAAGAAAGUCUUCCUUAGAAGCAUAUUGUGAUGGAACUUUGUGUGGGAUGCAACAAGUCUUUAAGAAUAAUUGGGUUGGCGAUGUUGUUGUCCUCGGCUCCAAUUGUAUCUUCAUUUAUAGAAUGCUCCAUAAUUACUCAGCUUUUCUCAGCAUGCUCCUUGUUCAUCACUCACGGCACCCCAGACCCCAUUCCAGGGUCCCCUUGUUGUGCUAUGUCUGGGGUGAACAAUAUUGCCAACACUGCUGAUAAUAGGCAAUAUGUUUGUAGGUGCUUAAUGGACCUCAUUGACAAUUUCAGUUCAAAUGCCUCAGCCAUUGGUAUCUUACCAGGCUUAUGUGGUAUCUCUUUGGGAUUCAAUAUUGAUCCUAAUGCAGACUGUAGUUUGUAAGUUAAUAUAGUUUAUACUUUUAUACCAUAUUUGGUGUAUAAUAAUCUAUUUAGAGUUCAUGUUUAAAUAAGAUAGAAGAAGGUCUUCAUCUACCACCGUUAAUAGUCACUAGAAAUAUAUGAAUAUAUGUGGUGUGACCAUGGCAGAUGUUCAUAGCCAUGUUAGUGACAUUGCUAUGCCCCCACACCAAUAUGUUGGGUGGUGGUUGUCGUUGGAUACUUGAAGCUAAGGUCGCUCCAAUGUUUUAUUGCACUUAUUUUUCUAGUAUUUUAUGUUUGAGUGAAAUCAGUUCAACUAAUUCAUAAUGACCGAUGUCAACCAUAAAACUCGAGCUUUCUCUUCCUUUUAAUUCAGGAGAAAUCCGCUAACAGUAAAUCUGACCUCUUUAUUGUAAAGGUUCAAUUCAAUUCAAAGUUGUUACUCCUUUACAACUUUUGCAUCAGUGGAGAAAAGCUAAUGAUUUUGGCAUAAUGAAGGUGGUCAGACUUUAUAAAAGCAGGAAAAGGAAAGUGCAUUAUAAGUAGGCAUUUGAUAAAAGCAUUUACAAAAGGAGGAGUUGGGUGUCUAAGUGAGAUUAGUUGUACAUUAAUUAUUCUCAGAAACAGCUGCAUAUAAUCGCUUGAUUUCAACUCCAUGGCCUAAGGUGAGCAUCCAAGGACACAGUUCCAAUUCGUAGUCUUAUCAAAAACAAAAACUAGAACAGAACAAGAAGGGCAAGAUCCAAAGGUGUGAAUAAUGCUGUCAUAUAUGAAUUAUUUUGUCCUUUUGUUUCUUGUCCCUGUCUGACAAAAUGGACCACCGAAAGACCAAACUACGGAGAAAGCAUAGAUCUAAUCUCCGUGAGUUCACAGUGAAUAAAUCAAAAUGGGAAUACUAAGUGAAAGCAACAGUUAUUCUUUAAAUAACCCUCAGGCAAGGUUUUGUAAAUUUUAUUGUUUGAUACACAAUGGGAUACUAAGAGGAAGAAGGAUGCGGAGUCAAACUUGCAUCCAUGCAAAUUAUAGAAAAAAAUAAGAUGAUUGUUAGUUCCAUUAUGAUACAUCAUGGGAAGACAAAAUUACAUUGCAAGUUAUAUAUAUAUAUAUAUUAUAAAAUGAUGAAGACCUUUACAAGUUGACAGGAAAAACGGUGUGUACCUGAACCCGUUUUCUGGAAUAGAGUGAUCAAAUCAUCAAAAGAAGCAAAACCAGAUUAGUGGAUUUUGAGAACAGCUUUAGCGUUCAAAGGAAAAAGUGCAUACCCCACAGGCCAACAUCUUUCCAAAAAUUUCUGCGGUAGCCACGGAACGCCGAUUGUAUCUUAACGGCGGCACUCUGCUCCGGCAACCGCAGCUGUCUAACACGCGCCGCGGCGGCAGGUCUUGUGCUAUUGCUGGUACUUGUGGCGGCGGUGGCGCCGCUCGUGAGUCUGAC